CCUACGUCACACUUAGAACUCGACUCUGUUUAUGUCAACGUCAAAGGGUAAUUUUAAGUUAUUGGGGUAGAAUCGUAUUCUUUCGUUUUUGGAAAAAGUUGUUUCACAACCCGUGAUAUUUUUGGUAAUUGUUUCACUGUAGUUUUUGCCUUUAUUUCACUCCUUAUUGUUUUCUCAGCUUGCGAUCCCAAAUUUUUAGAACGUAAUAUUUUUAAAUUUUGACUUUCAUGGAUUCUGGGGAAGACAACGAAAGUGUUGAGAGUGAAGAAAGGUCCAGCUUGGAUUCUUUUUCAGGUGUAUUACAAUUAGAUGUGGCAGAUGAAGACCUAGAGUCUGUUAUUAACGUACCAAUAGUAGACAAUUUUGAGAUGGGCGGUGCUAUAGUUUCCCAUAACAGCAAUCUUAAUACAGAAUCAGCAGAAAUCAUUUUUGAUGAAGGAUUGCCUGCAUCUCAUUCGUACCUUGGACGCGAUCUUGAAGAAAUUGGUGGAAGAUUGAUAUUCACUGAACUCUCUCGAGUUGUGAUCCCUUUACUUCCAGGCACUUAUGGAACCUUGCUCCCUGGACAGACAUUUCCAUUGACUGUCCGGGAUCAUGGAAGAACUACACUCUUGCGAAAGUGUGUUGAAGGCGACCAUACCUUUGGAUGUGUUUCAGCAAGAUAUCUUUCUACAGCAAUCAUUAAUAAAGUAAUGUUUGGAACAACUGCAGAGAUAUAUGAAUUUUCUGAUGAUAUGGGAGCUGUUCGGAUUAAAGCUAAAGGAAGGCAAAGGUUUAGGCUGUUAAGUUCAAAGACCACACCAUCUGGUUACAGAACAGGUGAAGUUUUAAUUCUCCCAGAAAUCAAAUUAUCUCAUCCUUUUUCUGCAUUGCAGCUUACAUCUCUCAAUUCAUUCAGAGUUACCAAUAAAGAGAGGUGCAGAAAGAUGGAAUCAUUUAUGCUAGCAUGGCCCAAAUGGGUCUAUGAUAUGUAUGAUGUUGAUAAACUGGUUCAGCGGUGUGACGAAUUGACAUUUUUAAAGCAAGGUCUUAGGAAAGAUAAAGUAGAAAAUGUAAUGCCUAAAGAUCCAACUGAAUUAUCCUUCUGGAUUGCAAGCCAACUGGAUUCUGAAAAAAGGCUCUUUAUGCUAGCCUUAAAUUCUCCUAUACCGAGGCUACGAUGGCUUCUAAAUUUUUUGCGAAAAUGCCAUCAAUUUAUUUGUGGAACCUGUAGAGCAGUGAUAGGUAAGCAGACUGACUGUUUUGCUAUGUCUAUUGAAGGUGCCCAGGGAACUUAUGUGAAUCCUGAAGGUUAUCAUCAUGACACCCUUACUUUAUUGAAAGUAGAAAAUGUUAUCCCUAUAUCAGCACCUUCUACCCACUUCAGCUGGUUUCCAGGUUAUGCUUGGAGUAUAGCUGUUUGUAGACACUGCCAAAAGCAUGUUGGGUGGCAGUUUGUAGCGACCAAUAGGAAGCUACAACCUACUAAAUUUUGGGGUCUGUCUAGGCAGUCUCUAGAUACUCGCAUUUGCACUGAGGAAAACAUGUGCAGUUUAGAUGAUUUACCUGUUAUGUAAUAAAAUAAUCCUCUGUAAUUUCUCAGAUAGAGUUAUAGAUUACAUUUUAUGAAUAAUUAUCACCCGGCUUUUGAGCUGUAGUUAUAUUGACAUUCUAUAUAUGUUGAUGAUAAUGGAUUAGUCUUAACUAAGAACUGAUUAUAAAUAUAGAUAUGUUUUAACAACUCAUAUUAUGGAUUUUUUGGUUUUUAUUAAGUAUAAAUUAUAUUCAUAUUUCUUAAUGAAGAUUUUAUUGAAAGAGAAUGAAAAGAUCA